CUUACAGGUUUGUGAUGGAACUUCCACUUUUGCCGAAGAGUUUCUGGUCGAGUGAUAACAAAUUUCUGCACCCGCCCUUUCCAGAUGCCCUGGUCACCGUCCACACCACACAAGAAAUUGCCAAGGAAACUAUUCUGGGGCCCUGCCAGCUCCAAGACACCAAGCUGGACACAGUGGCUUUCAUUGCGCUCAAGUGCUCGGAGAGGAGGAACAUUCAGUACAUUGUCAAGGUCGACGUCACGGCCGUGCCAAGCCCCAGCGGGUUUCCUUGGAUGAGGUUGGUCCAGGCCGCCGCCAACAAGAAACAGCAGAACCUCGAAGCUUACUUGAGCAAACGGGCAGCUGUACUAUCGGCCCACCAGGCCCAUAUGCAGGAAUGAGGAGCUGCUGGUUUGGUACGACGAGGAACUUUCCCAGCUUCUGGGGUUCGGAGAGAUUCAAGCCGGCAGGCAGCUCCAGAGCGAGCUGUGUUGUCCGAGCUGCAAGCGAGUCUUCCGCGGGGAGCACGCCUACGUCUCUCACGCCCGCUUCUUCUGCUGCCCAGAGAAUAGCGCCCAGCUCUGGAGAAGCCUCUGCGCCCCCAAGACCGCGAGGAGGAGAU